GCCCCCCAACGCGGCGCAGCGCAGCGCACUAUGGCCAAGCAGUACGACGUGCUCUUCAGACUGCUGCUCCUCGGAGACUCCGGUGUCGGAAAGACCUGCCUGCUGUGUAGAUUCACAGACAAUGAGUUCCACUCCUCACACAUCUCUACCAUCGGGGUGGAUUUCAAAAUGAAGACGUUAGAAAUCGAUGGCAUCAAAGUGCGAAUACAGAUAUGGGACACAGCAGGACAGGAGAGAUACCAGACGAUUACUAAGCAGUACUACAGACGAGCACAAGGCAUCUUCCUGGUGUAUGACAUCACCAGUGAGCGGUCCUUCCAGCACAUCAUGAAGUGGGCCAGUGACGUUGAUGAGUAUGCCCCAGACCACGUGCAGAAGAUCCUGAUCGGAAACAAGUCCGAUGAGGAUCAGAAGAGGCAGGUGGCCAGAGAGCAGGGGAGCAAGCUUGCUAAGACCUAUGGAAUGGACUUCUUUGAGACAAGUGCCUGUACCAAUUACAACAUUAAGGAGUCAUUCACCCGGUUGACGGAGCUCGUGCUGCAGGCCAACAAGAAGGAGCUAGACGUGCUGCGGGUACCCUUCAGCGAGGAGCUCAGCAUUGCUGACCUUGAGGAAGAGGAGACCCAACGUGAUGCUGGUUCCAGCUCCCAGAAGAACUGCUGGUGUUAGGGUGGGGCUGCCCCUGUGUGACGUUUCCAUGGUGUUAAGGAACUUUUGCGAGAGCAUCAUGCCCGUUGGUGGGUGAUCUCACAUUGCUGCAGCAUCUCGCAUACCCACAGUAUCUUUUAUUUGCUUCAAAAGUUAAUUUUCUUCUUUAUAUACAUUCCUUCUCAUUAAUCUGUGUGUUUCUCAAAGGGGCUGGUGCUUUUUUUCCCUCUUCAAAACAAGGAAUGUUUGUAUUGUUUGUUGCAGCUGUUGAAUCUCACUUUUAGAAUGAUGUAUAAUUGGUCACUUACACAGUGUACCACCAAGGGGCAGCACUCUACACAAGAACUCGGUGUGUCCCUACCAGUCUGACACCAUCCACUGAUUUUUAAUAAUAGCCCUGAACGCUGAUCUUGGAUCUGUUAAACCAGCCCAAAUCCUUUUGCUGAAUUAUUUAGUGCAAAAUUUGUGAACCUAGUUAUGAUCAGUGCUUUGGGGUGUCUUCAGUGAAAUCUCUAUGUACCGUGAGCACUUUGGAGUGAACAUACUAAAAUGUACUGUACAUAUCACUUAGUGGAAUGCUGUACAAUCUUAAGGUUUUUAUAUCAUGUCUUGUGUGACCUUUAAGAUGGAAACACCAAUAUGCAUUACUGAUAAAUGACUUAUGCAGAAAGCCUUGCUAUGUAACAAUACUUCCUCUUUCAGUUUUCCUUACCACGCUCAUCCUUAAACCCUUUAUAAUGUGGUUUUCCAUUUGCACAGAACAGUUUCAUCAUACUGUGCACUUUUAGACAUUCUCUCAUGGAGAGAAGCCUGGUAUUUUGUUGCCCCCUGCGUCUCGCAUCUGAGAAAGUUCUUUUUUUUUUUUUUUUUUUUUUUUUUUUUCUAUGGGUGACACUUCAAUGGUAUGGAGAAAAAUGCGGAGCAGAAUUUGAAUUCACAGCAGAUCCACUGUGUCUGUCUCUGUCCACACCAUGCUCAUAUCUGCAGUUAUUAGAGUCCACUCUGCCAUGGGGCUCAUGGGUUAUGCCGGUUUCCACACCGCCCUGGGCCUCAGUAGCCUGGCUGCUCUCCACGCUUCCUUCACGCUCAGCUGAGGAAACCCUAUACUACACGAAAGGCACAAAGCAAUGUUAAAUUUUUGAAGGGCUGAAAACCAAAACGUCUGAUGGCUCACUUGUCCAAAGGAAAACGUCUAAGGACCACUUUUUCAACACAGUCCCUUUUUACUUCUCUAAAGGAGAUCAACUGGCCUCAGUAAAUUAAAAAAAAAAAAAAA